AAAGGAAAAAAAGAACUUCCGGGCGCGUCGCGAAUGGUGCAACCCCCCUUGCCCUGUUCCAAACUCUGAUUAGGUAUUCAAAGUGAAUCAUGCGAGCGGUCCCGAUUUCUUCGGGGCAGGCACAACACGUACAUGCAUUCAGCGGCUUUACACCAUUCCUGCUCCCCGCACAACUCAGGGAAAGUUUUUGAUAUAUUUUCUUAACCGGUGGUGGUGAUUUACACGGAAAGUACACGCGGAUUUUUCAUUUAAAUCCUGUUAUUGGUUUUGGUUGACAAAGAAAUCUUGCGAGCAAAAAAGCGGCGGCGAGAUGGAAAACGCUUUCUUCACAUACUUCAUUUUGUUUUUAACGUUUGGGUGGGCCCAAGGGAGACUGGUCAGGGUUCCUAAUGGUCCUCUGGUCAGUGUGGUGGGGCAGCGGGUGUCCAUCCGGUGCACUGUGUCGGAUUACGAGGGUCCGAGAGAGCAGGACUUUGAUUGGACGGUGCUGCGGGGCGCCGACUCCCUGCAGGUCAUCUCGACCUUUGACCCCGCCUAUUCGGACCGCAGCCUGCAAGGCCGCGUGGACAGCGGCGACAUCUCCAUGGAGAGGAUCAACGACAACACCGUGGAGCUCAGAAUCCGGAACCUGAAGGCUACGGACAGCGCCAUCUACCGCUGCAGUACCCCCAGCACCGACUCCGUCAUACGCGGGAACUACGAAGACGAGGUGCAGCUAAAAGUGAUCGCGGACAGCCUGAAAGUCUCACCGGUGGCACCCCCGGCCGUGGUCCCCGAGGGGGGGCGCAUCAGUCUCCGCUGCACCGCCACUGUGGACUCUGCGGAACACACCUCCCUGUCCGUCGCCUGGUCCGUCAGGAAGGGCACGUCCCUGGAGGCCAUCCUGACUUUCGGCCCCGAGCGGGCCGUGACCACGGGCACCGGCUACCGCAAGCGCUACGCCGACGGCGGGCUGCGCCUGGGCCUUCCAGGGGGCGGAGCCUACGACCUGGUGCUGACUGAGGCUCUGCCGGCUGACCAGGGCGUGUACGUGUGCACCGCCAAACAGUCGGUCCCGGAGCAGGGCGGAGUCUGGCAGGAGAUUCUGCAGCGGAGCGUUGACAUGGGAGAGGUUCGAGUCACGCCCACAUCUCAGUCACUCACGGUUGCCGUGGGAGCUAACCGCACCCUCAGCGUGGACGACACGCUCAACCUCACCUGCUCCGUUGCUGCCGACGGGCUGGCUGCCCUCGGCCUGGAGGUCACCUGGCUGGUCGGCUCCGCCCCCGGGGGCGGUCCCACGGACUCGCGGGUCCUGGCCCGCGUGAGCCGGGACGGGGUGGUGACCGGCGCGUCGGAUCUGGUUGGGGUCCGUCGGGUGGGCGCGGGCGUCUUCACGCUGGUCAUCCGCGGCGUGAGCAAGUCCGACUCGGGCCAGUACUCCUGCAGGGUCUCCGCCUGGAUCCGCCAGAGCGGCGGGGAAUGGUACCAGGCAGCCGAGAAGACCUCCAACCCGGCCACUGUGCUCGUUACAAUGCUAGAGCCAGAGUUCAAGGUGACCCUCCGCAGUGUGGUGACCCCCCAGGCCUCCGGGGACCCCACGGAGCUGGAGUGUCGGGUGACGGACGCCCUGCGGCUGCAGGACGGGCGCCUGGGCGUGUCCUGGCGGUACACCGAGACCACGCCCGCCGACCAGCCCACGAGCGCGCGCGCCAUCGCCGCGGUGGACGAGCAGGGGAACCUGCAGCCGGGGGACGAGUACCGGCAGCGCGCGGAGAAAGGGCUCCUCGCCCUGUCCCGCGUCAAGCCCGACACCUUCAGACUGCGCCUCCUCCACACGCAGGAUUCCGACGUGGGCCAGUACUCCUGCGCGGUCUCCGUCUGGACCCGCCAGCGGGACGGGGGCUGGGCGAAGGGCAAGGAGGUCCAGUCCAACCCCAUCAGCAUCUCCUGGAUCCACAAAGACCCGUCGCUCAGCGUGUCGGCUCAGCCGUUGAGAGAGGCGUCCUCGGGCGGCUCGACGUUCGAGAUGGGCUGCCAGGCGACGGCGGAGAACCUCCUGGACCCGGGCUACUCCGUCCUGAUCCGGGUGGAGGAGGCGGCCGGCGGAAAGGCCCGGAAGAUCCUGUCGCUGAGCCGCGACUCGGUCCUGAAGCUGGAGGAGUGGGACGAGCUGGGCCGGCUGGACAGCGUGGUGCUGGAGAAGACCGGGCCGGCGGCCUUCCGCUUCCGGCUGUACGGCGCCCAGGUGUCCGACCGCGGCUCCUACUCCUGUGAGGUCACCGCCUGGGCGCCCGGAGCCGGGAACACCUGGACCAAAGCCGUCAGCGCCGUGUCCAAUAAGGUUCAGAUCAGCUUCGCUGACACAGGUCCGGCUUUCAAUGUGUCGAUUCAGCCCGCCGUCACCAGCGUCCUUCCGGGCGAGACCGCCAAGAUCGAAUGCGUGGUGUCUGCCCUUGGGGUGUCACCCAAAGCAGGCGACGUGGCGUACGAGGUGCGGUGGCUCCAGAGCCGCGUGCUGAGCUUGGACCGGCCCGCCCCGCUGGUGAGCGUGGACCGCUGGGGCGUGGUGCGGCGGGGCCCGCUCAACGGCAGCAGCAGCGACUGCAGCCUGGAGCAGACGGACGAGCGGACCUUCGCCCUGCGCGUCCACGGCGCUCGCGACGCCGACGCCGGCGAGUACCAGUGCGCCGUCACGCCCUGGCUGCGCGCGCCCGCCGGCACCUGGACCAGCGCCCGCGAGCUCACCUCCGCCCGGGUCUUCCUCUCCGUCACCUUCACGCUGUGGGACACUCUGAAGCUGCCCCUCCUGUACGGGGUGGGUGCGUCCCUGGUGGCGGGAGGCCUCUCCAUCCUCCUGGGCUUUGCCUGCGCUCAGUGGUGCUGCCGAAACACCAAGCACACGCCCCGCUCCCGCAACGGACUCAUGGACCUGGAGAUGGACUGACCCGGCGCCAUGGCGACCAGAGGGUCCCCGGGACCGGUGGACUGUUCUGCCACCUUGUGACUGCACAGAAUCCAGAAGGGAAUUUAGGAGGGGACGCGUCUCCAGGGAAAGCACCACUCUGAUUUAAAACCUACUCGUUGCUGACUUGUUGCACUGAACUCAGGAACGUCUCUAGCGGAAGGAACAGUUAAUUUAUUACCUGUUUAAAAUGGAGGCCUCUCUUUGAAAUAACCCAAAUAGUAUUCUUUUUCUAAUUUGUUUUAAUGGAGCAGUUUUAUUUGACUCUUGUUUGUGCCUGAGAGAGAGAGAGGGGGUGCUGGCUGACUGCUUCAGUCUUUUGAGCCCUGGUUCUAAGCCUCUUCCUGGCCCAGUUACCAGCUCAGAUUCCUUGCCAGUUCACUGCCCUGCUUCCGGCUCUGCUCAUGCCUCUGUUAGCCAUGCUGCUCUGCUCAAUCCAGUCCACAGCCUAGCCUCACACCUUUUUCCAGUCAUUCUCUAUGAGGGUCUCCCCAUCAGCGCUCCACUGCAGAGAGGCCGACUCAGGACCGGGAGUCUCGUUUUCUAAGGGUUAACAGAAACCGCGUUUUUUUUUGGACAGCAAAUGGAAACGCGUAGCGUCGGUGUCGAGGCUUCGCCUGGGCUGAGGGAUUGUGUCCGUCUACUGUCUUGCCAAUCAACAUUUCCCCAUCCUGACUUCCUCUCAGAUGUGAUUCAGUAUCAAUCUGAUUGAUUGGUGCUACUGACCAAUGCGGUGCCUUGAACCCUGUGUGAUGCACUGGACCUAAUCGAACGGCUUGGCAAGCCACGCCCGCCUUUAAUCCAACAGGAAGUAGGGCAGUGAUUCCGGUGGCCUGCCUGGUCCAGCUGCGUGGCAGCGUCUCAUUAUGUAAGGGCUAUCGGAUGCCUGUCUUAAGCACUGGGACAAAGUGUGCCCUGCCUCUAACGUCUCUUUUCCUUUUGUUUUGUUUUGUUUUGUUUUGUUUGUUGAGGCUUUCUGAGGGGAGGUUAAAUGAUAUGCUGCACACAAUGCCUCCCCCCACACUUCACCCCCAACCCCCAACCCCCAAAAAACACACAGCACCCGUACGCCCACCAGCCGGACGCCCUGCGUGAGCAGAACAGCUGCCAGGCGGUGCGCUUCUGAGGACCGUGACCAGAGCCCGGUGGAAAUUUUGGGGGAGGGUCAUGUGAUUUGCACGUCGGAGAGCGGAGGCGCGCGGAUUAAGAAGGGACGUUCCCACGGAGACCGAUCCUCCUCCAGGCAGACGGACUACUUUCACCUUUAAUGCACACGAGCCGAAGGCUCUUCCUUAUUGUUAUUUUUUUUAAAACCUGGUUAUUGUAUUUUGUUGUUUUUAAGUAUUUUAUAAAUGUUGCUGAUAGACUGUGUCUUCGUUUGAAUUUUAUUAUUUUUUAAAGGUUUGGUUGGAUUUUAUUUCAAUUUAUUUGAAAUAAGUAUAGAGUAUUUUAUAAGUAUUUCACAAACACUGUAUGUUUAAAAAAUCUGCAGUUAGGUUUUCUACAUUUCCUGGUCAAACGCAACCCCCCAAAAAUACACAAUAAAUGUUUUGCAGCCUGA